GGGCUCCCGCGGGCGCCGCUCCGCCGUCGCGCUCCCCCGCCGCCACUGGGCCGCCCGGCAGGCAGGCAGGCAGGCAGGCGGUGAGUGGGGCUGGGGGCCCCGGGGCGCCACCUGCCAGCGAGCGGGGGACACGUCCGCCACCGGCCAGGGGCUAAGGGUGGCUGCGGGGUCCGGGGGAGCCCCAACGGCUACGCUCACCCGGCCUGCCUGUGGCCAGGCUCUCUGCUAAGCCACGUUCCAACCUUCUUUCACUGUAUUCUGAUCACUCUAGGAGACGGAGGCCGGGGAGCCAUGGGCGACUGGGGCUUCCUCGAGAAGCUGCUGGACCAGGUCCAGGAGCACUCCACUGUGGUGGGCAAGAUCUGGCUGACGGUGCUUUUCAUCUUCCGCAUCCUCAUCCUGGGCCUGGCUGGCGAGUCGGUGUGGGGCGAUGAGCAGUCCGAUUUUGAGUGUAACACAGCCCAGCCGGGCUGCACCAACGUGUGCUACGACCAGGCCUUCCCGAUCUCCCACAUCCGCUACUGGGUGCUGCAGUUCCUCUUUGUCAGCACGCCAACCCUGGUCUACCUGGGCCACGUCAUUUACCUGUCUCGGCGCGAGGAGCGGCUGCGCCAGAAGGAGGGGGAGCUGCGGGCGCUGCCAGCCAAGGACCCACGUGUGGAACGGGCCCUGGCAGCCAUAGAGCGUCAGAUGGCCAAGAUCUCAGUGGCAGAGGACGGUCGCCUGCGGAUCCGAGGGGCGCUGAUGGGCACCUAUGUGGCCAGCGUGCUCUGCAAAAGCGUGCUGGAGGCAGGCUUCCUGUACGGCCAGUGGCGUCUCUACGGCUGGACCAUGGAGCCCGUGUUUGUGUGCCAGCGGGCACCCUGUCCCUACCUCGUAGACUGCUUCGUCUCGCGGCCCACGGAGAAGACGAUAUUCAUCAUCUUCAUGCUGGUGGUUGGGCUCAUCUCCCUGGUGCUCAACCUGCUGGAGCUGGUUCACCUGCUGUGCCGCUGCCUCAGCCGGGGGAUGAAGGCCCGGCAGGGCCAGGAUGCCCCCCCCACUCCGCGCACCUCCUCGGAGCCCUACGCUGACCAGGUCUUCUUCUACCUCCCCAUGGGCGAGGGACCCUCGUCCCCACCGUGCCCCACCUACAAUGGGCUCUCAUCCAGUGAGCAGAAUUGGGCCAACCUGACUACAGAGGAGAGGCUGGCUUCUUCCAGGGCCCCCCUCUUUCUGGACCCGCCCCCCGAGAAUGGCCAGAAAUCCCCCAGUCGCCCCAGCAGCUCUGCUUCCAAGAAGCAGUAUGUGUAGGGGCCUGGGGCUUCUGUCACCCACCAGAGGGGCCCCCGGGAAGUCUGGCUGCUUUGGAUGUCCUCUCCUUGAAGACUGCAGGGGAGCAGGGGAAGCAGGUGCUUGCUGGCCAGGGGGCCUCACUGCAGCCUGUUUUUGAACAUGGGGGGCCUUCCUGGUGAGCAGAGGACACGAUGGUUUCCCCUCCAGAACAUGACUUGGCCCCAGGCAUGGACCGAGCCAGCUUGGCGUGUUCUUGGCCAAGGGUGUUGUGGCGCCUCUGGACUUUUUCACUCGGUUCCGAGCAAACCUGGAGCCAGUUUUACCCCACCCCCAUGGGAGAUUCACCUCUGCCCACAUUGUCCUCCCAGGGGAAGGCUGGUCGAGGCUGCUGGGUCGGCUUUGAAUACACACACAGCCUGGGCUGGAUCUGGCCCUGUCCAGGGGACUGGUGUCUCGUUCUCAUCACUCCUUCCUAGUUUCACUGUUUAUGCUUCUAAAAUAAACAAGACUUGAUCACAA